GUCCUGCAGCCACAGCCAUGUCAGGUGAGGCGUUAGCACACAGGCUACGAGUAGCUAGCAGCUAAACUGACGUGCUAGCUGCUAGGAGCUAAAGGAGAUUUAUUAUUGAUGGGAUGCGACCCUGUUUUUCAUCAUUCAUCAAAAGAGAACAGGUUAUGCUCAGGCCCCAGGCAACUGGUUAAAGGUUUGGCUGAGGUCCGAUCUGAUUCACCGGUGAAGGAGUUUCAAUGUCUUUCUGGAUCUGCUGCAACUGCUGCUUCCUCCCCCCCGGUGCCGACAGGAAAUUGGCUCUGACAACAUGUGGUCACAUCAUCUGCAGUGUGUGUUUUCAGAAAGGCACACAAGGAAAAUGUUUAACAUGCAAUGCCAACUGCCAAGUGUCACCUCUCUCUGACAAAAGCAGUUCAGAGGUGAAAGCCUUGUUUUCUGACGUCAACGUGUUGGCAACCAAACACUUGACGGAAAUCAGCAAAGUUAUAAUGUUCCAGGCGCGACAUCAGAAGAGACUGUUGACUCACUACCAGCAAAGGAACGAGAAAUUAGAAGACGUAUUAGUCAAGAUGAAACAAGAAAUGCAGCAGAUGACAAAGAAGCUGAAUGAACAGAGCGCCUACAUCGCAAAACUAGAAAACCGUCUUCAGCAUCAGAGUGUCAGAGCUCCAUCAGUGUCUCAAAUGAGCCACAGUUCUCAUACUCCACAUGGACACACACCAGCCUUGCAGAUCCAAUAUAACUCCCCCAUCUACCUCUCACGACACUCCUCAUCCACGAACGUCACUGAAAACCUGGAGGCGGACGAAAGAAGCCUGUUCAGGAAACCUAAGACUGUACCUCGACUGUCAUUAAUCAGUCCUCCACAGGCUGAACGCAUGGGCUCCGUCUCUCACAGAUCAUCCAAUCAGAACACACUGGCCAACCACUCUGCUCGCUCUGCGACAGUCAGUCGUUUCCAGGGAGCACCAGUGACACCAGACCUUCCAUACGGCCAGAGCUCAGGAUGGACGUCUCCCAUCUUCAGACCUCUGUCCUCCUUCAGACACUCCAUGUCCUCCCUGGUCUGCCCUCUUCCCUAACUAACACACAGACAUAAACACACAUGGCCACUGACGUGCACGGUACAUAGAGGUAUGAGAGAGGUGUGUCUCUGGAAAAUCAGAGUCACCAGCUGAUUUGUGGGUUGUUUUUUAUGAAGCAUUUGAAAUCUGACUUAUUUAGCUUGAAC